CUGUAGUUAAGCUUGUGAAUCUCUUUACCAAUUGCCCAGUCUGGUUCCUGUCCCCACUUCUCCAUUUCUUUUACCGGGUAGAAGACAUCCUGUCAAAGAGGGGGGGGGGGGGGCAAAAAGAUUUGAGGUGCACUCUCUUUGAGAGGGGAAGAGGGCAACAAGGUGGGUUUUUCUCUUCUUAACUUCCUUUAGCUUUGGUUUUGUCAGCCCAGUGGAAUUUUCAUUGGCCCCUCCACAUUAACAGGAUACAGCGUGUCUCCUACUGGGAUCAUCAACACGCUUUGGAGAUACUGGAAACAUGGCACAGGUUCCGAAAAAAACAUCAACUAUGUCCCUAACUAUAUCAUCAUGUUCCCGUGAAACAUCCUCCUCCUCUUCAUCAUCAUCUUCCUCUACAGUGCUUCAGCAGAGGCACUCCACUUUAGUACAGCCUCUCUGCAUUAGUCCUCAAAUGGUUCAGAACACAAAUCAGGGUUCAGGAAGUUCUGGAGUUCCUCCAACAUAUGUCAAGCGUCUCCAUGACGUGAGCACCGUGAAGGGACAGCUGGUGGUUCUGGAGUGCAGGAUCAGAGGAACUCCUCCACUGCAGAUCUCCUGGUUCAGAGAGAAUGAGCAAAUCCUUGAUUCGGCAGACUUCCGUAUUCUUAGAAAGAAGGCAAGUUCAGCUUCUGUUCCUGAGGAAUUGUGCACCCUAGUGAUCACAGAGGCUUAUCCAGAAGAUUCUGGAAUAUUUAAAUGCACAGCAUCAAAUCAGUUUGGAACAGCAACAUGCAGUGCCAUGCUUGAAGUAUACACAGACCUAGAGGAGGUUUUGGCAGAUGAGGAUGAGCCUUCCUCUAUAAGCUCAGCUGGACUGGAGCAAGAUGACCAUCCCUUGUUACUACAAGACACACUAAUUCCUCCUCCAGAAUGGCCUGACAGUUCUGAGGAAGAGACUGCCAUCCCUGCAGCACGGCUGCCGGAGUCUGGCAUCAAAAAGGUUAAGUCUCUUGCGGACACAGAGAGCAAACAGAGUUCUGCCAGUCAGGUGACUGAAGCUACACAGCUCUCCUCAAUGAUCAAACUUGAUCCUCCACCGAAGGGGGUUAAAAACAGUGUUCCACAUCCAUUCCUUCCCACCAGCAAGCUGAGUAAACCAGUGGAGCCCAGAGCCAGUGCCAUGAAUGUGGCUGACUUGCCCACCUUCUCGCCAUCACUUUACCCCCCCAGCGCCUUCAAUUAUGAGCGUCCUCGUCACUUCAUUCAGUCCCUGCCCAGUUUCCACACACCCGACAAUGAGACCAGCAAGCCGAACAAUCUUAGCUGCUCAGCUUCAACCGCUGCGCCGUUAGUGAGCCCUCCUCAGCCUGCAGCCACUCACACAUCAAUGUGCUCCAGCAUGACUUUGAUUCCUAAAGCACGGGCUGCUCCAAACAGUGAGAAUAUGUCACCAGCAGCUUUCCUAUCAUCUGUCCUGCCUUCACUGCCGAGCUCCCAGGCAAAAUGCAUUUCCAUACCUCAAUCGCCCUCUCCUAGGCUCUCCCCUAGGUCACACAGCCCAUCGCCAAAGGCCCAAGAACAACCUGUGUCUCCUCCAGUCAGUCGAUCACUGAAUCAUGCUCCUUCAACUGUCCUUUCCCGGAUUUCUCCAGAUUCCCUGAAAACUCCUGUUCCACCUCUACAGCCCCCACCUGUGUCUCAGAUUACCUACACACCCAACACUUUGCCAAAGCCAAUCUUGAAGAAGACUGUUUCCCGUCCAGUGUCUCGUGCCACAGAUGAAGACAUUCAGGGUUCAAAAGAUGCUCUUAUUCAAGACCUUGAAAAGAAACUACGAAACAAAGUUCCUCAACAAAGGAACAGUCAGCAGAAGAUGUCUUAUGAGGAGCGGAUGGCUAGAAGAUUGUUGGGUGCAGAUAAUGCUGCCUCAGUAUUUGAUCUUGAAAACCCUUUCAGUUCACAGCCUGCACAGCCAGGCUCUCCAGAAGAUCGUCACCCUGGAGGAAUAUGGUUCAGAAAAAAUCGUCCUGGAGGGGACAGUACCGAGGCUUCGACCAUCCAAGAGAAGUGUUUUGCUCCUCGUUUUAUACAAGUGCCGCAAGACCUAACGGUUGAAGAGGGACGUUUCUGCAGGAUUGAUUUUAAGGUUGUAGGUUUGCCAACCCCAGAUAUUUCUUGGUAUCUGGAUGGGAAACCCAUCCGACCUGAUGAUUACCAUAAGAUGCUGGUGUGUGAGAAAAGUGUUCACUCUUUCAUUAUUGAGAUAGUUACCAUUCAUCAUGCAGGUGUAUAUGAAUGUGUAGCAAAGAACCGUGCUGGAGAGAGCCACUUCUCCCUGCACUUGGAUGUGAUUGCUCAGGAACAGUUGUGUCCUCCCACAUUUGUGGUGAAGAUGAGGAACUCUCGAGCUCUGGAGGGAGACAGCAUCAGGUUAGAGUGUAAGGUGACUGCGUCUCCAACCCCUCAGCUGUACUGGAAGAAAGACAAGGAAAUGUUGCGGAUUGACCCUAUGAGAAUGAGUCUUUCUCAGGACAAUUCAGGAAAGCAGUGCCUGAUCAUCGAUCCAGUGAUGAAGUCUGACGCAGGCUGGUAUACUGUUUCUGCCAUUAAUGAAGCAGGCAUGUCUACAUGCAAUGCCAGGCUAGAUGUGGCCACUCGAAUGAACAAGACUACCCCUCCUGCCAGGUCGAUGAAAGGCCUUCCCAUCUUAAGCCAGUUUUCCACAUUAAGCACCGAGCCUCGUCCUCGCCACACUGCCCCCCUAUACGAGAGUGAAGAACUGUAGACACUCAUCAGACUCAUGCACCUGGUCAUCUGGAGACUGGCAUUAUUCAGUAGUGAUGUAGUAUAUUUCUCUGUAAAUGAGCCAGUUAAAUAGUGUUUUUGCUCGUUUUAUUGGUCAAAUUCGCUUUAGUCAAGGAAUGAUUAGAAAUGAGUUUACUAUUACAGUGGAAUCAAUAGCCUCACCCUGGCACAUGAUUUUACUGUUACACUAGGUUCAAACGGUUUGCUUGGUUGGAAAUGGGUGCCCAGUCUCAUGUAAAGCUACAUAUUUAUGAACCCCUAUACAAGGAAACAUGUAUCUUAUUUUUUUGUUUGUUUAUUCAGUUUUACAAGAAUUAGAAUAAUGCCUUGACUGUUUUAUGCAACAGCUGUAAUGUGUGUUGAUGAUGAUGUAAUGUCUGUCAGCUAUGGAAGCAGAAUAUGUGUGCAAGCGUCGUCAUGAUACACUCUGACAUACACUAUGAUGUUAUAUGUUUUGAAAAGGAUAUUUGUUGGAAUUUUUGCUACUAGAACAAAGGAUUUGGUAAAAUGUAUAAUGUUGGUAAAAUGUUGAUUACAGUCCAGAACACAUAUCAUUUGUGUUAUAUGUGAUGUGACAUGAACAUUUGAGUAAACUUCUUUGUGAGAAUACUAUAAA